GUAGCAACAACAACCAAUUGCUAACGUAACCUAGAAACCUUUCUUCGGUUACCAUUUUCUCCAUCUGCCUAGAUAGGUACCUUGGUAGAUAACGACAGCUUCAAUUCUUUCAAUUCUACACUUUCCAGCUCGUCGCAUACCUUUGAAACAUCCAGCAUGGAUCUAGGAGAAGCGGGCGAUUCACCCUGGGGCGAUGUCCCAUCUCAAUCGACCCCUACCUUCAGUCAAGAGGAGAGCUCGAUCAAAGCCCAAGAUGCCGAAUCCUCCCAGCAAUCGCAAUCCUCCCUCAAGUCGCCCACCGGGCGUGGCUCGAGAGGACCGAUACGCCGUCUAGUAGCUCAGCCGACGAAGCUCGAGGCCGUCGACGACCCGCUCGGUCCUCUAGGCCCUCUAGGAGCCAACGCAGCCCCCGGUGCAGAUGCGCCAGCCGACGAACCGCCCGUCCCGCCACAGAAGGAACAGAUGGUGAUUCGAACGACCAUGCCGCAACCAGCGCAAAAGCGAACGGGUCCGUCGGAUCCUCAUCGCAUCGACGACGACGAAUUCGACCGACCUUCUGGCCCGAGAGCCCCUCCGCCCGUCCAGGCUGCCCAACCCAGCCCGAUGAGAGCCGCCGGCCAGCCGAGCGUCAGCAUCGAAAAGGCAGCCAAGCCCACCUUUCAUAUUACCGUCGGUGAUCCGCACAAAGUUGGGGAUUUGACAAGCUCGCAUAUUGUCUAUUCCGUUCGUACAAAGACGACGUCGAAAGGGUAUAAGCAACCUGAGUUUGAGGUCAAGCGAAGAUACCGUGAUUUCUUAUGGCUUUAUAACACGAUGCAUGGAAACAACCCCGGCGUGGUAGUGCCUCCGCCUCCCGAGAAACAAGCUCUCAACCGUUUCGAGAGUAAUUUCGUCGAGUCUCGUCGGGCGGCAUUGGAGAAGAUGUUGAACAAGAUUGCUGCCCACCCGACACUGCAGCAUGAUCCUGACCUGAAAUUGUUUUUGGAAAGCGAAUCCUUCAACGUCGAUGUCAAGCAUAAAGAAAGGAGAGAACCCAUACCGGGAGAGAGUAAAGGUGUCCUAGGUUCAUUCGGCAUUAAUGUCGGAGGUGGCAGCAAAUUUGUCGAACAGGAUGAUUGGUUCCAUGACCGACGUGUUUAUCUUGAUGCCCUGGAAAACCAACUAAAGGCCCUGAUGAAGUCUAUGGAUAUCAUGGUAAAUCAACGGAAGGCGAUGGCAGAAGCAGCUGGGGAAUUCUCGGCCUCGCUUCACGCUCUGUCGACUGUAGAAUUGAGUCCCACGCUUUCUGGACCGCUGGAUGCCUUAUCGGAUCUCCAACUCACCAUAAGGGAUGUCUACGAUCGACAAGCUCAACAAGACGUACUCACAUUUGGCAUUACUAUCGAUGAGUACAUUCGAUUGAUCGGCAGUGUUAAACAGGCAUUUUCGCAACGACAAAAGGCGUUCCACUCGUGGCACAGCGCCGAGUCCGAGUUGCAGAAGCGCAAGGCUGCUCAGGACAAGCUGCUCCGACAGGGCAGAUCUCAGCAGGACCGCCUCAACCAGGUUGGUGCUGAGGUGGCUGAUGCUGAGCGCAAGGUGCACCAGGCUAGGUUGCUAUUCGACGAUAUGGGAAGAUUGAUGCGCUCGGAACUCGACCGAUUCGAGCGGGAGAAAGUCGAGGACUUUAAGUCUUCAGUCGAGACUUUCUUGGAGAGUGCCGUUGAGGCGCAGAAAGAGUUGAUAGAGAAAUGGGAAACGUUCCUGAUGCAGUUGGACGCCGAGGACGACGAAACCGUUUUCUACCGUCCGCCUGUGUAUCAGAGCAACGAUAAGUCUACGGGUCGUGGAGACACCGCAGUGGAUCGAGCCAGGGCUACCAUUGACGAAGACUCGGACUAAACCUAAUAGUUUUGUAGGACUACCACUUAGUUAAGGUGUUUAACUUGAUAUCCUUUAUACAAUACGAAUGGCGACUGCGUUGUUGAGGCUU